CGUUCAGAGGAAAAAGAAGAUAGUGGGCCUGAGGAAAGAGUGCGUGUGGGGUAUCGUGAUUCCCCGGGAGUGCAGGGCAGGGCGCGCGAGCACAGUGAGUUUAUUGUUCCAAUCCGGUAAUUUGGCAUUUAACCGGUGUCUUUCCGCGAUUUCUCCACAAAGAGACUUGAUCCGCAUCACAUGGGAUUGGAAAUAUAGUGCAUUUGAAAUACACUUGUAACUAUCUGCGUUUAUAAUGUUCAAGAAGAGCAAGAGUAAAUUUCUGGUGGAUGAAGCGGCAGAGGAGGACGACGUGUCGUGGCAUCAGGAGCACGCGAGAAAGGAUGAAGACUCCGAGGGAACAAAGGAAGUUCUGAGCCCCUCAACAAAGGAUUCUAAGUUAAAGAAGGUUAAAUCAAAGAGAGAAAAGGGAAGCAAGAAGUUGUUUUCUUCUCAAGAUGAUGAACAUAUCUUGCUAACAGGGGUCACUGUCUCUCCCAGAAGAGGGUCUGCUAAAAAAGGCUGGGAUGACGAAAAGACUAAACCGCACUCAGAAAAAGACAAAGCGCACUGUCUGUGGGACAGCAUCACCAUGACGAUGAAGCAAAUCACACCGACGAGGAAGAUCGAUAAGAUGGAGGGCUGGGAACCUCCCCAGCUAAACGACAGAACGGAGGAAGAAAAGAGUGAGUCGGAGAGGAAAAAGAGCAACUCCUCGCCUCUUUCCUCCCCUCUGUCUCUGUCUUUACCACAUUCUCUGGCUUUGCCAUCCUGGGUUGGGUUGGGUAUGGAGGAGGACUUAUCUCGCUAUGCUAGUCUGACUGAGUCACAGACGGGGGGCCCCGCCCAGUGGGCGACUCGUGCCCGUGACAAAUUGGCUGCUGUUCGUCGUCGAAAUCCGGCCAACCUAUCAGAGAGUUCAUGGGAGGGACUUAAAUGAUUUGAUUAUGGAGCACCUCUCAUUAGAAGGAAAAAGAAAGUGUUUGUGAAGAUAA